CGGGCGGGCGCAUGACUCAGCACGUGGGUACGGAGCCCGGCUGAGUCAGCGGGAGGUCCAUAAAGGCGACGCCAUGCCCCGUGCCCUGUGUCCGGUCUGGGGUCCGAGCUCGCUGCUGUUAUGGAGUUCCCGGGGCUGGGGGAGCACUGCUCGGAGCGCACCUGCAAGCAGCUGGAUUUCCUUCCUCUGAAAUGUGAUGCCUGUGGGGAAGUCUUCUGUAAAGACCAUAUCCGUUAUGAUGACCACAAGUGUAGCUCUGCCUACAAGAAAAAUGUGCAGGUUCCAGUGUGUCCACUCUGUAAUGCACCCAUCCCUGUACAGAAGGGGGAAAUACCAGAUAUUGUGGUUGGAGCCCACAUGGAUAAGGACUGCAAAUACAACCCAGCACAGCAAAAGCAGAAGAUCUUCACAAACAAGUGCUUAAAGCCAGGCUGCAAAAGGAAGGAGAUGAUGAAGGUUGUUUGUGAGCAGUGUGGUGGCAACUUUUGCAUAAAACAUCGCCAUCCUCUGGAUCAUGACUGCAAAGGGAACAGCCACCCCAUCUCCAAGGCAGGAUAUGCUGCUCUGAUGAGAGCUUCUCAAGCUGCCUUCAAGUCAGUAGGAGCAAUUAGAGUGCCAUCUGAUGGGAGUCUGCAGCACAACAGGUACAAGCUGUAGAAGGGAAAAAGACAAACAUAAUUUAAAAAUAGCCUUGUGUCAACAUGAUGUAGGAGUGCUGCUGUCCUGCCUCUAGCUGUUCUAGAACUGGUCACCUUUGCUUGGUGUUGGGAAUGUAGUAGAGGUGUUUUGACAGCACAACUACAUCUUGUCCAUCCUGUACUGUUUAAAGUUGCUAUAUAGACAGAAGUAUUAAGACAUCAAAUUGUUUUAAUGGCAGAUUGGUCUUCCACCUCCUCUGUGUGAGGCUUGGUCAAGUUCUGGAAAAAUGGUGUGUCAGCACAAUGCUGAGGAGAGCAUGGCAAACAUUGGUAUUACAGUGAAUGGCCCAAGUCCUUCCUUGCUGGGCUGGAUCUGCUUGUGACUGAAAGUUUU